AUGUCGAUCGUCGCCAGCGGCAGUGGCGGCGGGGAUGGGGCGCGAGGCGGCGGGGAAGCGUGCCAGGUUUACCCAACCCUGAUGAGCUCGAAUUACACCAGUUGGUGCAUUCGAGUUCAGGCGAUCAUGGAGGAUCGGGAGGAGUGGGAGGUGGUUGAGCUAGAUCCGGAAGCUAUGGCGCCGACCGCGGCGGAGAAGGUGAAGCUGGACGUGAAGGAUCGGAAGGUGAAGGCGCACCUUCUUCAGUGCAUUCCCGACGACAUCUUGAUGCAAGUUGCGAAGAAGAAGUCGAGGAAGGAGGUGUGGGACUCCCUGAAGGCACGUUUCGUCGGUGUGGAUCGAGUCAGAGAUGCUCGGCUGCAGACUUUGAAGAGCGAAUUCGAUGCAGUCGAGAUGAAGGAUGAUGAUCCACUGGAUCAAGUUGUGGGGAGACUGGCGGCACUGUCAGUCAAGAGUAGCAGCUUGGGGGAACAUCACCGACGUAGAUCUGUAGGGCGCCUAAAGGCCUUCGAAGAGCGGACGUGGCGGGGCAGCAGUGGUGCUCGUCCAGUGAAAGGCCAAGUCCUCCUGACUCGGGCUGAGUGGGAGGUGAGGCAGAAGCAAUCUGAUGGUGAUUCCUCGGGGAAGGGGAAGAGAGGAGAAAGCAGUUGGCGUGGGCGAGGCCGUGGGCGCAGCGGAGGCAGCAGUGGCCGUGGCGGGGGAGCUGAUGCCGGGAAGGAUGGCAAUGGGAAGCAUGAUAAGAGUCACAUCAAAUGCUUCAAAUGCCAUGCUUAUGGGCAUUACGCCAAUCGAUGCCCAGGUGAGAAGAAGAAGGAGGAAUCUCACCUUGUCAAGUGUUCUUCAGAGGACAGGAUUCAGAAACUGUUUCUGAAUGAAGCCAAAGUACAGCCUGAACUUCAUCUAACUGGUGGAGGAGAUCCAUCAAGCAUUGUGUGGUACUUGGACAAUGGAUCAAGCAACCACAUGACUGGUGAUCACAAGAAAUUCAGAGAUCUGAAUAGUGCUAUUUCUGGCAAGGUAAGAUUUGGGGAUGGUUCUACAGUAGAAAUCGUGGGUAAAGCAAAACAAACUAGGAGUCCAUUUCCUAAGGCCUCACAGUGGCAGUCAACUGAGAAGCUUAUGCUGGUUCAUGUUGACCUAUGUAGGCCUAUAUCACCAGAGACAGUAGGAGGAAACAAAUAUUUUAUGCUGUUGGUUGAUGACCAUUCUAGGUGGAUGCAAGCUUACGUAUUGCAGAGUAAGGAUCAAGCUUGUGAUGUAUUUGUCAAGUAUAAAACAAAGGUAGAGAAUUUCACUGGGUGCAAGGUGAAAGUUCUUAGAUCUGACAGGGGUGGGGAAUUUUUGUCAGUAGCACAGGAAGAAGAGGCAGAUGAUGCAGCUAUCAGUGUUGACAGUGGAGCUGAAUUACCACAGUCACCUGCACAGCAAGGAGAACAGAUUGUUCAAGAGCCUGUUGAUUUCAGUGAUGGCAUGGUGACACCACAACAUAGUGUUGUUCAUGGAGACAAUUCCACUCCUACUUCAACUGAUGAUAGUGGUCCCAUCAGAUUCAGAAACUUAGAGGAAAUAUAUGAUGAUACCUUAGAAAUAGAGUUGAUGGAUUCUAAUGUGGAAGCCUUGUUGGUGGAGACAGGAGAACCAACUGGAUAUGCAGAAGCUGCUGAAACCUCAGUGUGCCUCAGGCUUAGGGGGGAGCUUGUUGGUGUAAUCCUGGUCACACUGAUUGGGAACACCUGGAGCAGCGACGUGGCAUGGAGCAGUUGGUCAAGCAAGGCGCCAAGACUCAGUUUGAAUCAAGGUGCAGCGGGAGGCUAG